UUUCUUGGGUUUGCUUGAAGUUAUACAAGGCUGAGGACUUUCUCUCUUGGCAAGGACCAGGGUGGUCACAUGGAGCGUAACUACCAGGGGCAGACUGACAACUCAUGGGGCCCCCGGGCAAAAGGGGAUCAUGGGGCCCCUGUGUCCUUGCCCACACUCAAAGCACACCCAAAAAACCCUAUAAAAGGUACCAGGGGCAUCUCAUGGGGCCCCCUACUGACCCCUGGCCCUCGGGCAGUGCCCGAGUUUCCAAAU